UCACCUCGAAACAAUGACGACAAUGUUCUCUGAUCUCCCAAAGGAUUUGGUAGAAGAUAUACUCUCUAGGGUUCCCAUAACUUAUCUCGGAGCAAUGAGAUCCACUUGCAAACGGUGGAACACUUUAACUAAAGAAAGAAUUCUAUGGAAAACAGAAGGAAGACAUCCAUUUAUGGGGUUCAUGAUGAUGCAGUAUAAGCUUUGUUCACUAAGGUUCGAUCUCCAUGGAACUUUCAACAAAAUAGAACUCGUGGAUACAUUUAUAAAGGAGAUAGGUAAUAAUCUACUUAAUCAAGUCAAGGUAUCUAAAGUUUUUCAUUGCGACGGGUUAUUGUUAUGUGUGACCAAAGAGGACAACGCUAGGCUCGUGGUGUGGAACCCUUAUUUGGGUCAAACCAGGUGGAUCCAACCCUUGAACGCUUACCACAGAGCAGACAGCUAUGCUAUAGGAUACGACAAUAACCGUAAACACAAAAUCUUGAGGUUUUUGAAUUAUUACGACCGUUCUGUUGGGCAACUAAUUCUUGAGUACGAAAUCUAUGAUUUGAGCUCUAAUUCAUGGAGGGUUCUUGAUAUCACUACUCCCACCUUGGAGAUAGAGUUUUAUCAAGGCUGCGCAUCUUUGAAAGGAGACACUUACUUUUUUACCAAGGAAAAAAUAGUAUACGAUGAGGCUGGUGAUAAUUACAAUCCAGAGCCGCAUGACUGUUUACUAUGUUUUGACUUUAAAUCGGAGAGCUUUGGACAGCUUCUUCCACUGCCGUUUGUGCACUAUCUUUACGAUGUUGGAGGUCUCUCAUCUGUUGGAGACGAAAAACUAGCGGCGUUAUCUCAGCCUAAGAGAAGUUCAAAGGUGGAGAUUUGGGUUACAACUAUGAUUGAUCCCAAUGCUGUGUCGUGGAACCCUUUCUUAAAACUUGAUUUGGGUUUAUUUCCUCACUUUAACUAUCUCGGUGGCAGUUUCUUCAUUGACGAGGAGAAGAAAGUCGCUGUGGUUAUUGAUUUUCACACAUAUGGAGCAAGGAUCUACGAGGGCGCAGCUUGCAUUAUUGGAGAGAAUAUGAAAUACGUACGAAGAAAGAGGCUAGGCCUUGGAGAAGCUAGGAGUCACAUACAAGGAGCUGUCAACUUCAGCGAGUUUGCUUGUUGUAGCUCUUAUGUUCCAAGUUUGGCACAGAUCAACUAAAUUAUGCACGAUUUACAAAGGAAAUUAAGAGAAGAAGAGAAAGCGAACCAACAACAAGCACAAAAAGACCAACUCUAUUGAUUAAUUAAUAGCUUAUUUUAUAAUUAAUGAU